AUGAUGGGUGUCAGUGGUUGUAUGAGUGUGAGGCAGGCCAGGGGCGCCUGCCACUGCCCCGCCUGCCCCAGGGCUUCGGGCCACGGGGCUCCGAUGCCGCCCCCGAGCCUCGCGCUGCCCCCGAUGGCGCUCCCGGAGCCCGAGACCACGCCGGUCAAGGACAAGAAGGGCUCCAAGAUGAAGGUGCUGAAGAAGAUCAAAAAGAAAAUGGGCCUCGUUGUUCCCGCCAAAUGCACGUCAGCGCGCGGGUCGGCCGGGUCGUGGGAGAGAUUAGCACGCAGCGCCUUCCGGGGUUCAAGUUGCGCAAUUGAUUUCCAAUGUGGACCCGGGUUUGUGCUGCGAAAUGCACCACGACUGAGCAAG